GUUUCACUGGUUAAAAUGAAAGACCAAAGCAGGAAGGGAAAGGGAAGUGAUUGCAGCAAGCAAGCAAAGCAAAUAUCCAAUCCAUGGAGCUCAGUGUCAGCUCCACUUCAUCUGCUCUCCUCAAACUUAACCACCAUUUUCUCUCCAAAAACUCUCUUCCCAUCAAAAUCCCAACUCUCCAUUUCGCAAAUGACAAAAAGCUCCCUUCGUUUUACCGCCAAACCAAACGCCCUUCGUUCCUUCGUAAAUUCGCUUCUCCAGCUUCUUCAUCAAUUGCUGUUGGACCCAGCAAUGACCGCCUUCCUGCCGAUAUUAAAGUCACUGAAACCCCAGAGCCCAACUCAAGAAUAAGACUGAGUGUAGAAGUUCCACCAGCUGUAUGUGAAGAUUGUUACAAAAGGGUCAUGAAUGAGUUCACGAAACAAGCUAAGGUGCCUGGAUUUCGUCCUGGAAAGGAUGUCCCAGAGAGCAUUCUUUUAAGUUAUGUUGGGAAACAAAAUGUUCAAAAGGCUACAGUUGAAUCUAUUUUGAAAAGGACCCUUCCACAUGCCAUGUCUUCGGUGACUGGAAGGGCUUUGAGGGAUUCGGUGCAAAUAGCAACCAAAUUCACAGAUAUGGAGAAGACAUAUUUAUCUCUCAACUCUCUCAGAUAUGAUGUUGUUGUUGAUGUGGCACCUGAAGUCAUAUGGAUCCCUGAGAAUGGCUACAGAGAUUUGAAGAUUGUUGUUGAAAUAGAUAGUGAGAUAGAUGCACAGAGAGCUUCUGAACAAGAAUUAAGACAGCGCCACAAAUCCUUGGGUUUGAUGAGAAUUAUAACUGACAGAGGACUACAGAUUGGUGAUGUUGCAGUACUUGAUGUUUCAGCAACAAAAAUUGACAAGGAUGAAUCAAAUGUUCAGAAUAUUCCAGCUGCAGAGAGUAAAGGUUUUCAUUUUGAUACAGAGCAUGGUGAUAGAGUGAUACCUGGUUUCCUUGAUUCAAUAAUAGGGAUUCAACGAGGUGAAACAAAGUCCUUUCCUCUUGUAUUUCCUGAAUCAUGGAAACAAGAAAAUCUCCGUGGUGUUCAUGCUCAAUUUACUGUGGAAUGCAAAGAAUUGUUUUAUAGAGAUCUGCCAGAGUUGGAUGACACAUUUGCUGACAAACUCCUUCCUGGGUGCACCACCUUGCAGCAGGUCAAGGAAUCACUGUUACAGAAGUUCCUAGAAGUGGAGCAAACAGCAAGAGAACAAGCAACUGAUAAUGCAAUUCUCGACCAGCUUUGCAAGAUGGUGGAGAUUGAUAUUCCUCAAUCCUUGUUCGAGGAACAAGGUAGGCAGCUUUAUGGAGCCAAACUUCUCCAGAUUCAGGCAAAUAUGAAAUUAAAUGAACAGCAGCUGGCUUCACUAUCAAGUCCAAAGGCAGUUAAUGAGUUCCUAGAAAACCAAAAGGAGAAUAUAACAAGGGUGAUAAAACAAAAUCUGGCAGUAGGAGAUAUAUUCAAACGUGAAAAUUUGCAGUUUUCUACAGAAGAUCUUGUCAAAGAGGUUGAGAACUCCAUUGCUGAAUUCAAACGACAUAAACAAGAGUACAAUGAGGAGCGUGUGGAGGAACAGGUGCAAGAAGUACUGGAGGGAGCAAAAGUGCUUGAAUGGUUAAGAGAACACUCAGAGAUUCAAUACAUAAGCAGGUGAUGUAGAGUUCAAUAUGCUUGGAAAGAGUUGAGAAGAACUUGCACUCUGGACAGAAAAUGCCGUUUUUCAAAAUUUUGUUUCUGAAAUAAAUGUUUUAGAAAGUAGAUCUUCUGUGUAGCACUUUUAAAAAUGAUACAGGACAUGAUUCUGCUGGCAAAGAUUAGUACCUGUUCUGAAAUUUGCAAUGAGACGAGGCCAUUGAUUCGAA